UUUUGUAGGUCUUGUGACCAGGAAGUGAUGGGUCAUGUGACAGGCUGUGCUGCUGCUUGGAUUUGACAGCCCAGAAUCAGAAUGCAGCAGUGUAGGGUUCUGUGUUAGAGUCUUGAGCUCCCCGUAAAGUAUGUCACCCCCGUUAGUCUCUCCUCUGCCUGAUUCUUCCCCUACCCCCUGCCCUCCAGCACCACUCUGACAUUCCCAAGGGGCCCCAGGGCUGUUACGAGCUCUCAAGCACUGGAUUGGUGGGUAUUGCACGGGGUUAAUCAUGUUCGGAGCUGCUUUUGGAAUGGUCCCUGUGUCCUUCGACGAGGUGGCCGUGUAUUUCUCAGAAGACGAGUGGGGCUACCUGUCUGACCGGCAGCGGGAUCUGUACAAGGAGGUGAUGCUGGAGAACCUGGAGGUGGUGUUGUCACUGGGAUACCAGUACCCCCGCUCUGUGCCCCAGACUGCUCCUGCCCUCGGCUGCUCCUUUAUUCUGAGCACAGGCAAAUAUUCAGAUGAAAGCAGCCCUUACAUCCAUGAAGAUGGAUCAGAGCAGGGUCAAGUCACUCUGGGGCAGCCUUGGGCUGGAGAUGACAGUUGGACCCAAACAACCGAGAAGAUUCCCAACAGCUUUUCUGCAUGUCUUGUCAAUAGCGAACCAAUCCCGUGUGAGCAAAGAAAGCAGCCGUCCAAUAAAAAGCUCCACAAGUGUUUUGAGUGCAAGAAAGUCUUUGGCAGUUGGUCGCACCUCUUGGCUCAUAGGAGGAUCCAUGACAGAGAGAAGAUCCACAAGCAAAAUAAAAGCCAAUUAUCGACCCGGAAAGCCAGUGUAACUCCCCGGCAGCCUAAAGGGCUUAAUGCAAGAUUGUACCAGUGCACAGAAUGUGAUAAGACAUUCAGCAACCAGUCUGUGCUUUCCUUGCACCAAAGAACGCACACUGGGGAGAAGGUCUUCAAGUGCUCCGAGUGUGAGAAAAGCUUCACGAAAAGAUCCCAGCUGGUUGUGCACAAAAAGUGCCACAUAGAAGAGAGGCCAUAUAAUUGUACUUUGUGCGAGAAGGGAUACAACCAGCAUUCAAAACUGAUCGAGCAUAUAAGGACUCACACGGGGGAGAAACCAUUCACAUGCACCGAGUGCAAGAAAAGCUUCACCAAAAGGUCCCACCUGACCGAGCACCUCAGGAUUCACACAGGAGGGAAACCACACAAGUGCAAUCUGUGCGAUAAAACCUUCCACUACCCUUCAAACCUGGUGGAGCAUCAGCGAACCCACACAGGGGACCGGCCGUAUCAGUGCACCGAGUGUGACAAGAGCUUCAUCAAGAUGUCUAAACUCAUGGUCCACCUCAGGAUCCACACUGGGGAGAAACCUUACAAGUGCAACGAGUGCAACAAAAGCUUCAGCCAACAGUCCAACCUUGUGGUUCACCAGAGGACUCACACCGGGGAGAAGCCAUUCCAAUGCAGUCAGUGUGAGAAGAGUUUCAGCUAUCAUUAUGCUUUGGUUGUCCACGAAAGAACCCACACAGGGGAGAAACCCUACAAAUGUUCUCUGUGUGAUAAGGCUUUCAGCCAACAAUCGAACCUUAAGCUGCACCAAAAAACCCAUGACAGCAAGCCACAGCAAGACUCAGACAACUCAGAGAAGACCUUUGAACAAGAAUCUGCCUCUAAAACCCCCCCAUUGGACCAGUUGUAUGAAAAUGCUGGGUUGGAGAAGGUGCCUGGGUUACCGGAGGAAGCCAACUCGGUGGAAAGCCCAGAGGCCAUUGAAGAUUAUGAGAAGAACUACAUUUCUUGGUCUCCUCUGAGUGAGUAUCUCGGAGUAUUUUUGCCCUCAGAGAAACAACAUAAAUGCACCGAGUGCAACAAGUGCUUCCUGGAAAAGUCCAAGUUAGUUGUCCAUCAAAGAACCCACACUGGGGAGAGGCCUUUCAAGUGCUCCGUCUGUGACAAGUCAUUUAUGCAGUGGUCCCACCUAUCAGAGCACAGGAAAAUCCACAAGGGUGAUAGACCCUAUACCUGUGCUGAAUGCGGCAAGAGCUUCAUCAGGAUGUCCAAGCUCACUGUCCAUCGCAGAACGCACACGGGUGAGAGGCCGUAUAUCUGUGACGAAUGUGGGAAGCAGUUUAGCCAGCAGUCCAACCUUGCGGUCCAUCAGAGGAUUCACACCGGGGAGAGGCCAUUCAAAUGCACCGAGUGCGAAAAGACUUUCCGCUACCAGUCAGCACUUAUUAAGCACCGGAGAAACCAUUCAUCUGAUAGAACCUACACUGGUUCCUUGUGAUGAAGCACUUCUAUGUCAUAGGAAGGGUCUGGCCCCUAGGCAAAGGUACAAUGAUGUGGCCCUUCAAAUGAACUUCAACAUCAUAGGCCUCACACUAAAAAAUAAAGAUAUUGAGUGUUUCUCUGCUAUAAAUACUAUACCCAUCACCCUUCCUUCCAACAACGGUGUCCCUGCCAGGCCCCAAUACAGCAGGAACUAGACUGAUUGCCCCUAUUUGUACCCAUAUAAAGACAGUUCUGGCAGGGUCAGAUUGCUGAACCACCAACAAUAAUAGCUGACUCCCUGGUAUUUACUGAGCUACAACUCCCAGAAUCCUUAGCCAGCCAGGCUAAUUAUGUAGAGAGACUGUAAUGCUGUGGGCAGGGAAAGUGGACGGCCCCAACUGAACUUUGUGUUAUUUUAGUAAUUGCCAUGGAGCCCAGUGUUCUGAGAAAUGGGUUUGUAUGAAUUGUGCAAUACAAGCAAAGCCCAGAUGUAAAGCCUAAUAAAUAUAAUAAUCUCUUAGAAUGUU